UCCUUUCGGUGUGUGUGUGUGUGGUCUCACCCUAUCGAUGGCCCCUAUCGCGCCUCCUCCUCGCCUCCUCCCUCUCCUCCUCGUCAUCGCCGUUCUCCCCGGCGCUCGUCGCCCCGCCUCCGGCUGCUUCACAGCCAUCUUUAGCUUCGGCGACUCCAUUGCUGACACCGGCAACGCCGUCCGCCUCGGUAGCCUGGGCGCCUCCAGCGGCAGCCCACCCUACGGCCGCACCUUUUUUGACCGCCCCACCGGUCGCUUCUCCGACGGCCGCGUCAUCAUCGACUUCAUCGCGCAAGGGUUGGGGUUGCCGCUGGUGCGGCCGUAUCUGGACGGAGGUAGCGGGGAUGAUUUCCGGCAAGGGGCGAAUUUCGCAGUCGGCGGGGCCACCGCGCUCGAUCUUGACUUCUUUAGCUCUAAGGGGAUUCAAGCUUCAUGGACCGACAGGUCCUUGCGUGUUCAGAUCGAGUCGUUCAAGCAGUUGUUGUCUUCGCUCUCCUCCGAUACCAAAGAGGUGUUGAACAGUUCAUUGAUCCUGAUGGGAGAGAUUGGUGGAAAUGACUACAACCAUCCAUUCUUCCAAGGAAUAAAUGCAGAUGAAGUAAGAACCUUCGUUCCUAGCGUCAUUGGUGCAAUCAGUUCAGCAAUCAAUGAUUUAAUAGAACUUGGGGUAAAGACAUUGUUGGUUCCCGGGAACUUUCCAAUUGGAUGUAUUCCAGCAUAUUUAGAUGUCUUUCAGAGCAAGAAUGUUGAGGAUUAUGACUCGCAAACAGGCUGCAUCAAGUGGUUGAAUGAGUUCUCUGAGUACCAUAAUCGCCUACUCCAGGAUGAGUUGGAUAGGCUUCGGAAGCUUCACCCACAUGUCACUAUCAUUUAUGCAAACUACUAUGAUGCCACCAUAAGCUUUUUCCGUGCUCCACAACUCUUUGGCUUUAAAGCUCCACUGCACGCAUGCUGUGGAAGCGAUGGCCCAUAUGGCGUCAAUCGAUUUGUUCAGUGCGGUCACAAAGAUGCAACGGUCUGCAGUGAUCCAUCUAGUUCCAUCUCCUGGGAUGGUAUUCACCUAACCGAGGCAGCUUACGAGACAAUUGCAAGAAGCUUGUUAGAAGGACCACAUGCCAAGCCUCCAAUAACCCGAGCAUGUCCACAACGGAGCGCGAUUGAUGACUUCUAGUGACUUCAUUGCAGGGACUACAUACUUUAUUAUUUAUUUGAGCAAGGGUGUCAUCCUUGAGUAUCAACAUCCCUGUGGCUAUUUUGCCAUACGAUCUCGAGUGGAGUUGAUGGUUGAAGACAUGGGAGGUGAAAAACUGAAGUCUUUCUUGUCUGAAUUUGUUGUUUUUUAUUAUAGAUUUCAGAGAGACUGUAUAAUUGUGAUAAUUGUUUGAAUCGCUACAAACAGAAUUAAUAAACUUUUCAAAACAAUUGAAGAUAAACAUAUGUCCGUGUUGAUUUAUUA